AUGGGCAACAAUAGGUUUAGAUUAUCAGAUAUGAUGCCUAAUGCUUGGUUUUACAAGCUCAAGGACAUGGGCAAAACAAGAAACCAUAACACCACCACUCAUUCCAUAAAGAAAAAACAAGCUGCAGCUGAAACUCAGCAGCCACCAUCCAAACCAAAGCAUCCUCACUACAAUCCUGAUCCAAGAAAAUCGUACUACAUCACUAGAGAGCUUAUCUCUAGUGACCAAAACAUCCAUAAUUCUCCAAGAAACACAAAAUCCACAGACACCCAUUUUCCUGACCCUCCAAGAAGAUCAUCAAAACAAAGAUCUAGGAGAAGAGCCAUCAAGUCCUCUCAAAAGCUAGUCACCUCCUCUGUCUCUGCUGAUUGCAACUGCCGCUCUACGCUCUGGACUAAAUCAAAUUCUCCUCCAGACUACUCAGCUUCUCUUUCUGAUAGUUCUCUUGAUCAGGAAGCAGAUUUCUCUGACUCAUUUCCACCAGAAUUCAGGUCUGACAGUGUUCUUGCUACUGAGUCAUUUGAUAAGAUGUUGCUUUGGUCAAGCUCUUGUGACUGCAAACUUGAUUCUAUAGAUAAUGAUGACAUUUUUGUCAGCGUGGAUAAGAAAUCUAUUGCGAAGAAAUUAGAUAAUUUGGAUGUGUUUCAUAACAUACCUGAUCUUGAUCUCCCUCCAAUCAUAACAAAGCCUGCUAAAUUUGAUGAUCAAGUUGAAGAUAACAAGAAGAAAGAAACCCAAGAAGCAGCUAAGUAUAGGAGAAGUUCAGCUAAAUAUGAGGAAACAAAUACUCAUGCUUCUUUAUCUGCCGUUAAGGUUGUCAAGGAAGAGAGCAUUACAGUGAAAGAACAUAAGAGUACUAGCUCUGUCAGGAGAAAUUCCGUGACUUCACCAGGAGUUAAGCUAAGAGUCAAUUCUCCAAGAAUCUCAAAUAAGAAAAUUCAGGCUUAUAAUAAUGGUCGAAAGAGUGUGUCAUCAACGACAAGUUCAUUGUCGCGGUCGCGAAGAAGCCUGUCGGAGAGUUUGGCAGUUGUGAAAUCUUCUUCUGAUCCUCAGAAAGAUUUCAAGGAAUCAAUGGUGGAGAUGAUAGUGGAGAACAAUAUCAAGGCAUCAAAGGACUUGGAAGACCUUCUCGCUUGCUAUCUUUCACUCAACUCUGAUGAAUAUCAUGACCUUAUUAUUAAGGUGUUCAAGCAAAUCUGGUUUGAUCUUACUGACAACAAGUUGAAGUGA